GUCUCAGAUUGUGAGGAGCGGCUCAUCGACCUCUGCCAACUGCCAUCGCACUUGCUGUUGGAGCUCGUGGACUCGUGGUGCGCCCUCAUGGAAGGGCCCGUCCUCCCCAACCUGCCAAACACGAGGGUCGCCGUCGUCACCGGAGGGAACAAAGGGAUCGGCUUCGAGGUGUGCCGCCAGCUGGCCAGCGGCGGCGUCACGGUCGUCUUGACGGCCCGGGACGAGACGAGGGGCGGGGAGGCCGUCGAGAGGCUCAAUGCGCUGGGGCUCUCUGGUGUCAUCUUCCAUCGGCUGGAGAUCACGGACGCUUCGAGCGCCGCGACGCUGGCUGGUUUUCUCAAGGCCCGCUUUGGCAAGCUUGACAUUCUGGUGAAUAAUGCCGCAGUUGGUGGGGUUGAGUACAACCAAGAAUUCGAUACCAACGAGGAAAAGUUCGGUGGCAUGGAUUUCCACCAGAGAGUUGAGUGGAUGUUGAAGAACGCACGGGAGCCCAUCGACAGCGCGAAGAACAGCGUGCAGACGAACUACUAUGGCACGAAGCAUGUAAUCGAAGCCCUGCUGCCUCUGCUUCAAUCUUCGUCCGUGGGAAGAAUAGUGAACGUCUCCUCCAAUUAUGGACUGCUAAGACAUAUCGGCAGCGAGGAGGUGAGGCAGGAGCUCAACGACGUCGACAACCUGACAGGGGGGAGGCUAGACGAGCUGCUGGAGAAGUUUAUGAAAGACUUCGAGGCCGGCGCGCUGGAGCCGCACGGGUGGCCCACAAAGUUCUCGGCGUACAAGGUGGCCAAGGCCGCCAUGAACGCCUACUCGAGGAUCCUGGCGAGGAGGCACCCUGAGCUGCGCGUCAACUGCGCGCACCCUGGCUUCGUCAAGACCGACAUGAGCAUGGGGUCCGGAGUCCUGACGCCGGAGGAGGGCGCACGUAACUUGGUGAAGGUGGCGCUGCUGCCUGACGGCGGGCCGACCGGCGCGUAUUUCGCCAUGGGCGAGGAGGCGCCGUUCGUGUGAGGUACCGGCGGUACGUGCGUGCGUGCCGUACGGUUACUGCUUGGAUGCGUUAAAAAAAAAUAAGAUGUGUCAUCUAUCUUUUUUCGACAAAGGGUGAGGUUUAUUGACUCAAUAUUGUCCACGGACGAUUGUGUGUGUCUCAUAUAUAUUAGUUAUAGGGAAAAACUUAUCAUCACCCGGCGGAUCACAGCGGCAGCGUCCACCACCUCCAAUGCAUGACACGUGUUCAGUGAGGGCUCGUAUACCGUCCUUCAUUGAACGCGCUUUUGCAACAGAGGUAAUGUUUCUGAAACAUAUGUGAUGUUGCAGUAGUUUACGACAAGUCUAUGUUCUAUAACAAAACAUCGGUCGUGAAAAUUUUCUGCAACCAUACCUCAGUUGCAAAAAAAAUUUGCAACAAGAUCCCAGUUGAAAAAAAUGCAACAAAGCAUCUGCUGUAAAAAAAUUCUGAAACAAGACCUAUGUUUCAGAAAUAAUUCUACAACAA